ACAUUAGUAAGGGUCGGGCAUUCCAGUUUUUACUUCUGUUCUCUCUGAGUUCUCUUCACCUGCCGCUAUGGUGGCAUCGGUAUCGUCUACCGAUUCGUACUCUUCCUCGACGGAUUCCUCAUCCUCGUCGAGACGCGAUCACCGCCGCCGUCCGCGCCGGCUAUUGGAGAAGGACGAUCUCAAGGUCCGCAAGAGACAUCGGACGCGGACGAGGAGGAGGCGGAAGCACCGUUCUUCCCAUGAUUCUUCUUCUUCCAACUCCGAUACUUGCAGUGAGAGCUCGUUAGAUAGCAGUCAUGUGGAAUCAAGCCAUUCAAGGAAGCAAAAACAUGGGGACAAAGUGAAAAAGAUCAAGGAGAAGGAUAGAAGCAGAAGUCGCAAGCACAAACAUGAUAACAAACCAGCUAAAAAGAAGCAGCAGUCUGAGCGGAGUGGCAGCCCGGUUCAGCUUUCAAAGCUCCUUGGGCGUGACAAGGAUGAUAGCGUUCGUCGCAGCGCUGUUUCUGGUAAAAAGAUUCUAUUAAAGCUUGAGAAAUCAAAGGAGGAUAAGAAGGCAGAAACCAAUCGCAAUGAGUUGCUCAAGUUUUUGAAUGCUAGUUAUGAUUGAUUUGAUGAUUACAGAAAUAUUUACGCUAUGGGGUUUUUUUUUUUGGUUUGCUUCAGAUCACAGUCAUGCUUGAUCUGUUUACAUUACUGUUAGUUUAAUGAGACAUUAGAACUUCUGGUAUUCUCAGCUAUGGAUAAUCUAUGCUAGUACAUGGCUCGUUUCUUUUGUAUAUUGAUGACCAUUUUUUUUAUUU